CGCGUACAACGUCUCUCGAGUCCGACACUCUCGAUCGGCUCUCCGUCGCGUUGCUUACUUGCUAAAAUUCGUCUCCUCGUUUUUACGAAAGAAGAAAAAAUAAAUUUUUUCAACUCCUUCGAUCGCUUUCAAAAUGGAGCUUGGAUUUUUCGGACGAUACAUGCUGAAGCACUCGACGAUCUUCGUCCUCACCUACUUGAGCCUGUUUCUGGCGCAUCGGGCCUGGGUGAUGUACAGUAUUUACACGUUUCGCACGCGAUUACCCAAGUACGAGGCUCCCGAGGCGGACGACGACUUCUGGAACGAGAGACGAUAGGACAUGCGGACACGAUGGAUUUGUAAAUAAUUUUUGUUUGGUCCGGGAUCGCUAUUGUGUACAUUUAUACUCUGCCUCUCUGCGUUGGGCAUCUGUGACUGCGAUCUACGUAUUUAUUAGUUCCUAUAAUUCCAACCGCUCGGUGACAUCAUCUUAUCCAGCCGACACGGCGAUACUUUUGACGCUACGCACGCAAGUUUUCAAGUUCUUAAUUAACCACCCACACACACACACACGUACUCGUACCACUACUACUCGGUCCUACCCCUCCAAAAAUCAUGAGUCGCUCGAAGAGUCGUCGAAGUGCUCCAGCGGCGGCGGCUCUGACGCACGCCAACUUGAGAUUGCACGCCGCGCGAAACAGCUGCGGCCAGACGCCCGACAAUUCCGAGGAAUCCUGCGGCAACUCGACCACCACUGCGUACUCGGCGGUCUUCGCGGCGGACGACAACAACAACAACAACAACGACGACUACGACAGCUCUUCUUCCAUCAGGCAUCGAUUGAAAAGAAAAUGCAGUAGAAACGUCUCGUACACGGACGACGACGCCUCGUACCCGGUCGAGGUGACCAAAAAAUACAAAAAGCGCGGCAGACCCAGGAAGAAAGCAGCAGCGAAUUUGCCGACGCCCGAUCUUCAAGUGGGUACCGCACCCUCGAUCGCGUUCAGGAAGGAUAUCGGCGUCGCGGAGUUGGAGUCGUACAUAAAGUCGCGCUGGGGUGGACUCUUGAAUUUCGACGACAAGAAGAACAAGAGGAAGAGGAAGAGGAAGACAACGACGACGACGACGACGUCUAGGAAGAAGAAGAAGAAGAGUCAAGCGGUCGAACUUCCCUUGGCCGUGGUCGAGUACAACGAGGCGCUCCGCGACAAGGGACCCGAACUGCCCGAGCCGAUAAUCGAUUACAACAACAAUCUCGGCGACGAUAGUUCGAACGUGUCGUCGACUACGGCCACGGCGGCCGCGUCUGAGGACACGACAAAGAUCUUCGUCGAUCGUCCGGACUUCGCGGCCAGACUGGGCGAGUUGCGCGCGAUCCUGCCCGCCCUCGCCGCCCGCCUGCAGAGCUACGAGAUGCUGGCCGCGGCCGGCGAUUACGUCGACUGCCUGAUCGUGCUGUUCUAUUAUCUGGAGAGACGAGAGGCCAGAAUAUCCAGCUCGAUGAUGACCAUGGUCGAGGAGAUGAGGAGGCAAGAUACGGUGGCGGCGUUCGACGAGAAGGUACGACGCGGCUACGACGUCUACCUGACCAUGAUGGGCCAAUGAUAGUCGGCCGCAUGUGUGCGAGACGUGUUAUAUUACAUCAUUAUUAUUUAUUUAUUUAUAUAUUUAUUUUUUUUAUAUCGACCGCACAGCUCGUAAUUCGUUACGAAUUUGAUAUUGUACAUAUUUUUAUUAUAUAGUUUGUUUAUAUAAUCCCCCCACCCACCCUUGACUAUUUGUAUAUAUAAACUAUGUAAUACCGACGAUUAUCAUAACUAUAAUUAUGAGAUAAAGAAGAAAAUUAAGUAUCUAGUCGGCGCUUUGAUGACAACGUUAUGUAACGAAACAUUCGCCUCUUUUCUUUAUAAAUUUUACAUUAUAUUAUAAUAUUAUAAUCCACGACUAUAUACCCGGCGUUAUACGAUCGAACAAAAAGUUUACAAAUAAAGCAUCAUCAGAGAAUUAAAAA